UGGCCGCAGCCCCGCGUCCCCGGCCGGCCCGCCGAGCCCCCGGGAGCAGCGAUCGGGCCCGCGGCGUCGGCGUCGGCGUCGGCGCCGGCCGAAGGCGCCGGGCGGGCGUCCGUGUGCCUGUCGGCGCGGCCGCGCGGCUGCACGAAGCUGCGCCGCUUCGGGUGGGACGGUCGCAUGGCGGCCCGCAGCCUGCUGGAGGCCGGCCUGGCCCGGGUGCUCUUCUACCCGUCGCUGCUCUACACGCUCUUCCGCGGCAAGCUGCCCGGCCCGGCGCACCGCGACUGGUACCACCGCAUCGACCGCACCGUGCUGCUGGGCGCGCUGCCGCUGCGGGGCAUGACGACGCGGCUGGUGCGGGACGAGAACGUGCGUGGGGUGAUCACCAUGAACGAGGAGUACGAGACGAGGUUCCUCUGCAAUUCUUACAAGGAAUGGAAGAAAUCGGGCGUGGAGCAGUUGCGGCUCAGCACUGUAGACAUGACUGGGAUCCCAACCCUGAAAAACCUCCAGAAAGGGGUUCAGUUUGCUCUCCGGUACCAGUCGCAGGGCCAGUGUGUCUACGUGCACUGUAAGGCGGGCCGUUCCAGGAGUGCCACCAUGGUGGCAGCAUAUUUGAUGCAGGUGUAUAAAUGGAGUCCGGAGGAAGCCGUGGAUGCCAUCACUAAGAUCCGAUCACAUAUCUACAUCAGACCGGGCCAGCUGGAAAUUCUCAAACAGUUCCACAAGGAGAUUACUUUAGAGGCAGCAAACAGUCAGACUUUUCACAGUGCACAGACAUGAAGUACACGCAUGGAUUAGAAAGAACACAAGAUUAUCCCGUUUGCUGCAGGAAAUGUUUUAAUAGGACUAAAGGGACUUUAAGCCUCAACUUGAUGUAAAAGAAUGUGUUAAGUAAUGAGUAAUUUUGUUCCUUUAUCUUGUUUUGUUUUCUUUGAAAUAACAUGUUGUGUGGAUAA